UAUAAAUAAAUGCGUGCAAUGGAGCGAUUCUAGAACGCAAAGCCCAGGCUGUUUGCACACUAAACCGGCUAACGCAUUUAGUCAAAGUCUCCUCGAACUCUACAGCAUCAUGCAGUGCCACAAAGCAACAGCUGAAGUGAACGGGCUGUGCAAUAUGAAGAAGGUGGCGGAUCUGUGCAGUGUCAACGGCUUCAGCGAGGCGGCGCUCGACAAGAAAAAGCACAACAAACCCGACGAGGUGGCCCUGUCUGCGAUGGAGGAGGCCUACAGCACCAUCUUGAGGGGACUGGGCGAGAAUACAGAGCGCCAGGGGCUCAAGAGCACCCCCGGCAGAGCAGCCCGGGCUAUGCAAUUCUUCACAAAGGGCUACCGCGAAACCGUCCAGGAUGUCCUCAAUGACGCUGUCUUUGAUGAAGACCAUGAUGAAAUGGUGAUUGUGAAAGACAUUGAAAUGUUUUCCCUCUGUGAACAUCACUUGGUUCCUUUCUUUGGCAAGGUCCAUAUAGGAUAUCUGCCAAACCAGAAGAUUGUUGGGUUAAGCAAACUGGCAAGGGUUGUAGAAAUCUACAGCAGAAGACUACAAGUCCAGGAAAGACUAACAAAGCAGAUUGCUAUAGCAAUCGUAGAAGCUCUGAAGCCAGCUGGAGUGGCAGUAAUAGUUGAAGCAGAGCACAUGUGCAUGGUGAUGAGGGGAGUUCAAAAAAAGAAUAGUCGGACCAUUACCAGUGCCAUGCUGGGAGUGUUCAGAGAAGAUCCCAAAACCCGUGAAGAAUUCCUCUCAUUGAUAAAGAGUUAAUUUCUUAUAGUAAUCUCAUCAAGGUACAUAAAGCUCUCUGAUAUUUGAGGAACGGCUUGGUCUAAAGGACACUUUUUUAAGGUAUUUUUCUAUUACCUGUUUGUAACAUAGUUCCAUUUUAACUUUUAUUACAAAAUGUGUCAACUACAUCUCUGACAGACAUACCAGCUUUAUAUACAAAAACCGUGACAUACUAACUAUGAUAUCCAAUAUCCAUUUGGAAUUUUUAGCAAUAAUAUAUGGUAAAAUAAAAAAAAAGACCGAACUACUGCUUUUGUGUACUGACUGUCAUCAAAAGGCCUCAAAUUUUAUUUUUAGGUACUAUGCGGCCUUUUGAAUUUGACUUUAUUAUAAUCAUAAUAUUUUUGUGAGAUCUAUAAUUGCAAAAUAUGAAACUUUUGGUAUGGGCUUGGUCAUAAAGGAUGGAUGAGUGUCUGCAGUGGUAGUUUAUGGAGAUUACUAUACUAGGUUACUAAAAUAUGCACUCUCACGUUUAAGGUAUAUCUUUUUUUUUUUUGGUAACUGUUAUACGUCAGUGUUAUACUUCAGACUGAGCUGGAUCUGUACUACCUCACAAGAAGGAACAUUUGAUUUGGUUUACUAGUGUACACACUGCAAUCCUUUCUUGAUGAGUGAUACUGAUUAAAAUGUGAUCUGAACUACUGUAGAAUUUGUACUGUAAAUGCUACUAUUCUAACGAUACGUGGUUUUCAAAUGAGCCUUGCACUUCCUAAAGAAAGAUACUUUAUAUGUGUGGUACUUGUUAUUAGUAGAGUGGCUAAGAGAAAACGGCCAUGAGUCACUUGCCAGAGCACUGAGGCUCAAACCAGUGGCCACAUAAUAACAGGACAAUAGCCUGAGUGCUCAUUGACAACUUCGAGAAGGAAAUGCCAGUGUGCAGCGCAGGUUUAUCUAAUGUUUUGUUUCUUUAAAUCAUGUAUAGUCAUGAUUUUAACAAUGGCCUUAGAGCGUACUUUUUUGUUUACAUUUUUGUUGCAUUAUCUCAGAUAUUUGAAGUGUAUUGUAAUUCUGAAUUGCUUUGUGCUGUCCGUGUCAGAUGUUUUCCACGACUGUAUUUUCAAUGCCUAAUAAACAUGACACAGUAUGACGUAAUGAGUGGGUACUGAGUAAAGUCUGUUUUAACUUGGGAUGCUGUACAUUCAUCAAUAGAAAAUUUCUUAAGAACAAAAGAGACAAUUUCUUAAGGACAAAAGUGACAAUUAACUUUGUCCAGUUUAUGUGAAAAUUCAUUGAAAACUGGAGAUCCAACAAACAUUACCUGAAAAAAUAUUUCCUGAAAACAUUGCAGUGCUAAGAACUUUGUAAAUUCCAUCUUAAAUUCAAACGUUGAUUUAGAAGUAUUUCUCAGCCCCAAUCAUAACUAAAGUAGCCAUGUUAUAUCCUUUAUAAUCUAUGUGCUGACUGACCCACCUGUUGAUCGAUAAGUGCUCCUUAAAUGGGCUACCUCAUGUGCCAAAGAAGUGACAGACAACAGCACGUUAAAGUCACAUCACAGCAACUCUCUGGACGUUUAAAAUGCUAAGGUUUAUACUUGAGGUGACCUGGGUUCGCUUCCCGGGUCCUCCCCAUGUCUGCGUGGGUUUCCUUCCACAGU